ACAUGACAGUUCAGCGCUGGGAAGCUCAGAGAGGAACUGGAGAAUAAUGGAAAUGCAGCUGUGUUUGAUUUAGCUGAUCGAGUUUUUAAUCAUAUGGCAGCUUUGGUAGAGAAUUUAGGGCGUAUUUAUUUUCUCCUAAUGUGUGUUGGAGUGUGGGUGACAGACAGCAGAGACAUCCGGUACUCUAUGGAUGAUGAUGUCUUGUCUCCCUACACCAGUUCUCAUGGCCCGUCUCACUCCCAUCGGUACGUGAGGGACUGUCAGCCCAUCACCCACGGCAACGUAACCCACGAAACCUGGCCUGCCAGUAAUCACUCCAGGUCACCUGUGGUGGAGUCCAAGAUCUUCAUCUCGGACAUCAGCACCAAUUCAGAGACUCCUAAAUGGGUGAGUGGCCACAUCACCGUGGUUCAUGACCCUGUGAGGACAGUGUCUGUCCUAGAGCCUGGAGGCCCAGACGGCUGUGAAAAAUCCCGUAAAGAGAUAGUGGAGAACACCGCUAGAACGAGAAAGUGUCUGAUUGCCCAGAACGGCGGCUAUUUUGACACUCACAGUGGACGCUGUUUAGGGAAUGUUGUAAGUGAUGGCAGACUGGUACAGAACAGCAGAGGACUGCAGAAUGCCCAGUUUGGCAUUAGAAAGGAUGGGACUCUUGUGUUUGGUUAUCUGUCUGAGGAAGAUGUUUUGGAUGAGGUAAACCCCUUUGUGCAGCUCAUCAGUGGGGUGGUGUGGCUGCUGAGGGCAGGAGAAGUUUACAUUAAUGAGAGCAUGCAGGCCGAAUGCGACAGGACUCAGGAGACAGGAACGUUUCAGCGCUUUGUUGAGGUGAGGUCUGCCCGGACAGCAGUGGGCCAUGAUAUGGAGGGCAGACUGAUUCUCUUCCACGUUGACGGCCAGACAGAUAGAAGAGGCAUGAACCUGUGGGAGGUGGCGGAGUUCCUAAGGAAACAGGCAGUUGUCAAUGCCAUUAAUCUGGAUGGAGGUGGCUCUGCUACUUACGUCCUUAAUGGCUCUCUGGCCAGCUACCCGUCAGAUCACUGUGUUGACCCAAUGUGGCGAUGCCCUCGAGCCGUCUCCACCGUGCUGUGUGUUCAUGAGCGUUUGUGCCAGCCGGAGGACUGUAGCCAGCAUGGGGUCUGUGUGGACGGCCAGUGUGAGUGCCAGCCCGGCUGGACCGGGCCCACAUGUGACAAUUUAACAUGCCAGCCAGCAGCCUGUGGAGACCACGGGAUGUGUACUCCGGAUGGCUGUGUCUGCGAUGCGGGGUGGAUGGGUGCCAAUUGCAGCCAAGAGUGUGCAGCAGGUUUCUAUGGUGAUGGCUGUAACCAGACGUGCACAUGCGUAAAUGGAGGAUCUUGUGACUCUGUCCAUGGGCGAUGCUCCUGUCCUGCUGGUUUUUAUGGAGAUUCUUGCGAAGAAGAAUGUCCGCUGGGUUUCUACGGGCUGCACUGUCUGCAGCCAUGCCAGUGCAGUGACAUGUGCCCAUGUGACCCUGUCACCGGCAGCUGCAAUUACACGCUGCAUGACCAGAGGAACAGCAGCCUGCAUAGAGCUGGUCACUGCCUGGCAACCCAAAUGUUGAAGGAGUGGAGAGAGCAGGAGGAGGCUCACAAACCAAGGCCUUAUCUGUCUGAGCAGAGCUGGCUCGUUAUCACCACUGUCUUGGCUGUUCUCUUGCUGACCAGUGUCACUGGAAACAUGAUCCAAGUGUGCCGAAGGUUCAGAGACCAUCUGCGGCAGGAGUACUCCUAUGUGCCACUGGAGGAGAUGAACGGACGCACAGGACAGAGCACACAGCCUGUAAAGAGCCUCUUUCUACCAGAUGACUCAGACUCGCAAGACUCCUCAUGACCUGAACAGUGAUCAUAGACUCUGUAUGAUUAGAUCUGUGCGUCUGAAUGCAUGCAUGUUCUGAUGAAUACGUGAGCAAGAGAGUAUUUGUAUUACGGCCAAAACUGUCCUUACAUGAACACAUCUGCCCAAGUGAUCUCUGAUGCCUGGGCAGUUAGGAGAGAGUUGCCUUUCUGACUCCAUCUGCAUUGGCUCUGGCUUUUAUUAGUAGGCCUGUCGCAAUUAUGAUAUGAUCACCUGAUCGUAAUUAUUUAAGCUGCACUUCUUUUUCAUAGUCAUAUGUUCACGAGGAAACAGAAUCUUAGUCUGAUGCGUUUUCAUCAGUGUGAAUCGAAUGCGUUUUCAUCAGUUGGGUUGAGGUAAAGGCAUUUACAGAAAAUAAAGAAAUUUUGCGAACACAAGAGAAGUUCUGACUUCUAACCAUGACACCUUUUUGUUUCUUUUGUUGAGUUGUGAAUUACUAAGUAGGAUUAGGCGGUAAUAUGGUAAUAAGGUAUAAUGCAGUGUUUAAAAACUAUGCCAAUUAUGCAAGU